UCGUCUAAAUCAUAGGUGAUUAAAUAAAUGUUUAAGACAUAUUUUGGAUACAGUAGUAAUGCCAACUUUUAAUAUACAUAAUAUGUCUAUUCCCAUUAAUCAUGUUAAUUUUAUUAGCAAGUUGACUGCCACGGCGGUCGAAUACGUCCGCUUUAUUUUUAAUUUAAUAGUAGCCGACCGCUGACGACCUCUUAGUAUUCAACCAAAUAUUCGUAUUUAUUUUGCCAGAGAUCGGCUUUUAUCCCGUAUUAGCCUCAUUAACCGUUGAAGAUGAUCAUUACAUUGACUUAACCGAAUGCAUCAUGUCAGAAGAUGUCGUUGAAAUCAAAAUCAGAAAGAUUUUGUUGGAUUUUUUAUUGUUUAAUUUUGUCGCCUGGCCGAAUUUCAUCCUUAGCAAUUGGAGUACUCCGUACAGAAGAGGCCUUUUUUGUGACGACGACAGUAUAAGGUAUCCAGUUAAAGAUGGCACUGUCAAAUUCACUUGGUUAUUGGCAAUUGGCUUUGGUUUAAACGCGUUAGCAAUGGGAAUAAUGGAGUACAUGUGGAGGAAAAAGGACAAGAGCAUAAUAUUUUUGGGUAAAAAAUAUCCUUAUUGGAUGUACGAAUUUUACCACAUGUACGGACUAUUCUCUUUCGGGGACAUGGUGUUGUGGGGAAUUACGGACUGCAUCAAGAACGUCAUAGGAAGAUUAAGACCGCAUUUUUUCCUAGGAUGCCUUCCUAACGUCUGUCUAACCAGAUACACUCCUAAUGAAUAUUACGAGGAAUUCAUAUGUGUCAAUCCAGAAAACAAGGAAUUAAGGCUAUCGUUUCCAUCUGGUCAUGCAUCGUUUUUUACGUAUUCGAUGGUUUAUUUUGCAUUGUACAUACAGUCUCGAAUGUCAUGUGAAAAAUCUUUCCUAUUGAAGCACGUUAUACAGUAUUUGGCUAUCGUGGCGGCCAUAGUUGUAGCCAUGACGAGAAUUUCGGACUACAAACAUCAUUGGAGCGACGUAUUAGGUGGUUGCGUUUUAGGAACCACUAUAGCUUUCCUCAUUUCAAUCCAUGUGGCCAAAUUGUUCAAAUUGAGAAAAAACGAGGACAUGAAAAAAGGCAAGGAUGUUGAUAGAGGUGAAGAUAAGGAGCCAAGAAUGAGUUGUUGAUACCCCCACAAAUGUCCGUAGACCAAUAAAUAUCGAGAUUAUUUAAAUAAGUAAAAAAAUGUAAUUUUUGAAAUGAGUAACGAAAUAAAGAGUUUAAAAAGUAAAAGUC